CUUCUUUUCGUUUCCUCCGCUGGGGUUUACUUCCAUCGGUGGAAGACUUUUGAGAUCAGAUGUAAGCGUUGCCACUUAAAACGCACCUAGCCGAUUCACUACGCUGGUCGCCAAUCAAUCCUGUCCCUUGACGAACUUCUCUUGACCUUUAAACCAUUCCUUACACGUGACGGGGGAUUCACUCAACUUUGUGUCUGAUAUUUAGAUAACUCCUGUACAGCGUGUUACUAUUUACCCUGUUAAGCUAUCAAACACUCGAGGAUGAAAACACCAUGCAUGAUCAUUUUCGUGUCUACAAUGCUCUUGGUGAACGAAGCUACCAUAUAUCUUCCAGUGGAUUGGAGAGCACAAUUGCUGAAUUUGCACAACGAAGCCAGGGGAAAAAUACUUCGUUGUCAGGUACCCGGACAAGCAUCAGCUAGAAGGAUGCCCCUACUGCAAUGGCAUACCGGGUUGGAAACAAAGGCGCAGCAACUUGCCAAUCGGUGCCUUGUCGGUCACGAUACACCUAUGCAACGGAAGAUACCUUCUUUCAGAACAGUGGGGCAGAAUUGGGCUGGCGGAUGGGAUCUAAACAGCGCAUUCAACUCGUGGUUCAAUGAAUAUGCGGGCUACGACUUCCGUACAGGACGUUGUCUGAGAGGAGUUUGUGGACAUUAUACCCAGCUAGUCUGGGCAGAUACAACUCAUGUGGGAUGCGGUAUUCGAGACUGCAGUAGAACUGGCACCUUUCCAUAUGGCUUCUCCAUCGUGUGCAACUACGGUCCAUCGGGCAACGUUCUCGGAGAAUUGCCCUAUGAUGCCGGGACACAACAGAACUGCUAUGCAGCUGGAUAGCCAAUGCCGCUUACCCUAGGAGUCAGUUUUCUGACGCAGCCUGAAGUGUUGUGCCCGAUCCCUCCUCAGUGUCCGACGUGCAACUUGGCUCCUGGGUGUUUUUACGGAGACAAAUAACCCUGUCUUAGUCGGCCUUGCCGUCCAACUUUGAUCGCGAGUAGUAUACCGACCAUAUGAAUUUUGAGAAGCUAAGCAUUAUUUUGGAUGCGCAAUUAAUGCGUUGUAGUUCUGUUUACCUUGCAAUAAACAAUGACAACUCA